AUGAACCUAUUUCUGACGAAUUUAGCGCUAUCAGAUCUACUUGUUUUGCUCAUUUGCCUUCCACCAACCGUCGUGAAUGAUAUCACAAAAACAUUUUGGUUCAGUUCAUCAGUAUGCAAGGCUAUUGUAUUCUUCCAGAAUACAAGUGUUUACGUGAAUAUUCUAACGUUGGUAUGCAUAUCCGUUGAACGAUGGAAAGCCGUUACAUCGCCUUUACGAAAUCCAUUGUGGAACACUCAACGAGCAAUCGUAUUUAUUUGGAUUACUGCUAUGCUGUUAUCCUUACCAGAACCGUUGACCAUAUCCACAUAUCCAGCUGUUUUUGAAAGGCCCAAUUUUACCACCACGUGGGGUACUUCAUGCAAGGAGAGUUGGUCAGAGUAUACACAGCGAUGCUAUCAAUUAGUGCAAACGAUCGCACUCUUUCUGUUACCUUUAAUGUUGAUCACUGCACUGUGUGCACAUAUGACCUUUAUCCUCUCCACCAAUAUGCUCUCACUUGGUGAACGUCAAAUUUCGCACAGGAAGAAAGCGACAAAAAUGCUCAUAAUGGUUGUCGUAUUGUUUUCGUUGUGUUACUUUCCUGUACACUUGCACAACAUUUCCUCAGCGUUCAAUUUCGAUCCUUUCGCCGAUUUUUACACCGAUCGUAUAGUGCUAGCACUACGUAAAUUUGUACCACGUUUUAUGAGUUAUUCAUCUUGUUGCGUUAAUCCGAUUCUGUACAAUUUCAUGUCAGGUGAGCGUUUUCAACGCAUUUUAAUGCGAUCAUCUUAG